AAGUAACCAUAGGGCCCUCAUGUUGCUUCUACAGAGAAAGCAGACACUUCAGACAUGUAUUUCUUGGCAAACUUUGAAAGUUUCUGCUUCCUUACUUCCUCCGGAAACUUGUGCUGGGCGGUGAAGAACAGUAGCCUCGAAAGCUGCCGGAAGUCCACCUUGACGUAAGUCUUAGAGGCUUCGUCAGCUUCUGGGUGCACAGUUUCCGGGGACGUUACUUUCCCACCGUAUUUUGCCGUUCGUCACGAUUUGAAGCCUUGGCCACAUCCCUGCCCGAUGCAUUGGGAUUCCGCUUAAACGCUUUCACGACACGUUUGUGACCUUGAUCCAUUCUGACCGCAUUUCUCACUCCGUUCGAUGCUCAGAGUUUCGUAGUAAUGUUUAAUCACACUACUCACCGUUGACUGCACGAUUCCGAGUUGUUUUCCGAUGUCCCGAUGAGAGGGUUGAGGAUUUUCCAGGUGCUUGCGCAAAAUCAAAACGUGACUUUGCUUUUCGGGUGACGCCAUUUUUUCAACUUUCCAAAACCUGCAGCGAUAAAAAUACAGUUCAAACAAUACACACUAAACUACUUCUACCCAAAUUUUCAAGAGAAUAUACCCAAUGGGUAAUUUUCUACAGCGUUUUUCCGUGAUGCAAUUUGAUGUGGGACACCCUUUAGUUUUCCAAAAGUAAUCAGAAUAAUAGCGUUCAAAACAGUUGCCAGUAUGCAAUAUACGAAUUACUCCUUUACAAACACAAUGCAAGUAUAAGAUAUUGUACCGUUGUUUUCCUGUUACUAAAAUGGCUCAAAAGGCCGCGGCGAAUAAAAUCCUCAUUCACACAAAAUAGCUGCCCAGAGAAACUCAGUCGUAUCGAAGCCAAAGUUGUAAGGGCAUAGAAUUUCAAUUAAAUUCACUCCCCUUUCCAGUUAGAAGUCAAAUUAAAAAUCAAGUGCAGUGUUUUCAUCAUUUUCACCACUCAAAUCGAAAUCCGUAAAACAAUACAUUACGCUUACCAUUCCAUUUUCCAUUCCGAGCUUGCAAAGUUGUGAGGCGAAAAUUGUGUUUCCUCGGAAAUCAGAACACUUCCAGUGGAAAUUCAAGUGGCAGCAGCAGCAGCUGGGAGUGAUUGUGCAUCGUCGAUUCCGAACCGACUCGGGUGAAUGGAGUAGAUUCUGCUGCUUGUUGGCAUAGACUACGGGAGAACUGCUGCGAAAAUGGAUUAUAAUCGUGGUACAUCAAGCAAUUCGGGGAGAUACGGCCACCGACAAUCGUCACUAGCUUUAACGCCCGAGGAGGAACCACUCGACUCAUAUCCUAGAUUAAUAUCGGAUUUAAAAUUUCCCAACCUGUUGCCGCCCAACCCACCGAUAAAGAUUUUAAUAGCAUUUUGCAAAAAUGAUCCCGUGUUCGAAGCGUUGGUCACCGCCAGCCAUCGGCUCAACUUUGAACCCACCUUUGUCAAGUCGGCCGAUGCGGCGAUCGAAGCGUUCCAAAGUCCGGCCACCGGAGGGCAUCACAUCAUCGUAGUGGACGCACGGUAUCCACGCAUCAUCGAAGCAGACGUCCUGGGAAGGUCAAUCCGAAACUCGAAAGGUAGUCAACAUACUACAAUGGUAGCAGUAGUUAAGAAAAAUGUAUUCGAAAAGGAUGAUACGGCUGUGAUUUCGCUGCUGGAUGUUGGCUUUAACAGGUGCAUUAUCGAGUCACCGCAUGUGUCCAUCUGCUCGUCGGAGCUACGACAGAUACAGCACUCGCUGGUCCGGCCACAGAAUGUGAUAUCAACUCAACAGGCUCUGUAUACGGCAUUGCAUCGUUCACGGGAAGCAAUUAUCAUAACGGAUGACUCUUUGCGAGCACAGUACGCCAACCGGGCGAGCGAAAAGGUUUUGAACAUGAAAUUGGACGAAAUCGUGGGCAGAUCUCUCAGCGACCUGGUGACGGCCGAUAUUAGCAACAUUUUAUCUCACACCACUAGACAUAAGGACUACGAAGGUUUCAUCAGCACCCGGCGAAAAUCACAGGAAACCCUGCACAUCCACGUUCGAGCUGUACCUGUCUCAUGCAUUGGAAGAAGCCCCACACAUCUAGUUUUAAUAUUGGAACAAACGAGCGGCACCACCUUAUCAGCCCUUGCAAGCGAUGCCCUGCAGACCUUGCCGCAUGGUAAAGAGGUGGCCCGAGGUUCUCUGCACUCGAUCCGACGGGGCAGCUUCGAUGUGCGUUCGAUCGCUUCCGAUGGCCUGCGGCGUACCAGUUUGGCCAAACUUUCCCAACUUCCACUGGAGGCGCCCAUUACCAAGGUUCUGAGCUUAUUGGCUCAAGUUCAGGAGAACUGCUCCCAGGAAGAAUCCAGACUGCUGGAUCGGGUGCUGGAAUUCCUCAAACGGGAGGGCCUCUACAGUCCCCAGAUGAAGGAGAUUCGAACUGAGGACCCGGUGGCAACGGAUCUGAUAGGGGCUUUGCUCACGCAAGGACCCACCAACAUUCUCUCAUCGCGCCGAAGUUCGAAUGAUUCCAUAAUCCGGGGUGGCGGUCGGCCCUCAACCGGCAGUAUUGUGUUCACCAAAACCCGGGAAUCUACACAACUGUCCGAGCUUCUCAACUGUGCCCUGAGCUGGGACUUUGAAAUCUUCAAACUGGAGGAGCUCACGGAAAAUCGUCCAUUGGUGUGUUUGGGUCUGGAGCUGUUCCGGAGGUUCGAUGUGUACAAUACCUUCUGCUGUGACGAGGUGACGUUCAAACUGUGGUUAAUCGAGAUAGAGAAGAAAUAUCAUACGGAAAACACAUAUCACAACAGCACCCACGCGGCAGACGUAAUGCAGGCUACGGCUUGCUACCUGCAGCAGCUAUCGAAUCGCGAAAUCAAAGUGAUGGAUCGGAUGGACGAGGCCACCGCCCUGAUUGCCGCAGCUACCCAUGACAUUGACCAUCCCGGCCGUUCGUCGGCUUUCCUGUGCAACUCGGAUGACAGGCUCGCGCUGCUGUACAACGACACCUGUGUGCUGGAGUCACACCAUGCGGCAACUACCUUCCGGUUGACGUGGGCGGACGACAAAAUCAACAUCUUCAAACAUCUGGACCGCGAAUCGUACAAACUGGCCCGGUCGAUCAUCAUCGACAUGAUCCUGGCAACGGAGAUGACCCGCCACUUUGAACAUCUGGCCAAAUUCGUCAGCGUGUUCGGUACGGACGUCGAUGGCAAGGAGACAUCGCACGACAACGACGACAAUCAGAUUCUGAUCCGACGGAUGCUGAUCAAGUGUGCCGACGUGAGCAAUCCAACACGGCCGCUCAAGUUUUGCGUCGAGUGGGCCCGCCGAAUAGCGGAGGAGUACUUUACCCAGACGGACGAGGAGAAGCAUAGGAAUCUGCCGAUUGUGAUGCCCAUGUUCGACCGGACGACCUGCAGUAUAUCCAAGAGCCAGAUCGGUUUUAUCGAAUACAUCAUUCACGACAUGAUGGAUGCGUGGAAUAGUUUUAUCGAAAUGCCCGAAAUUGUUCGAUACAUGGAGCACAAUUACUCUAAGUGGAAACUGUUUGAGGACCAAGGCAUCAUCACGCUAAGUGACAUCAAGCGGAUGCAGCUCACACUCAACAGCGAGGCGACCGGUUCGUCUUCGGUGGAGGAACUGUAAUAAGAUCCCACACAUCUCCAUUUUGGCCACCCCCACUCCAGUUUUAAGGCACCUUUUUCGAGGAGGAGGAGGAGUAACAAGUACACAUACGUACACGUAGAUACAAAUAUACAUAUUUGGUAGGCAGUUUGGGAAACGGAUGCAUUCGUUUGUUGUACCACGUACGGUUGCGCGUUCGUCGUUUUAGUCUCAUUUUGUAUUAUAAAUAAUUGUUGAUCAGUGGAAGUUGUUUUAUUGUAGAAAAAUUAAAAGUUGUCUUAUGAUGGUACACUAAUA